AUGGCAAACAUUACACGUAGUAGAGCAAAUUCAAACGAUCCAGCUGCGGCUAGAUCACCCUCUACCACCCAAAUGGAUACUCCAUGGCCAGUUGUCACCGCUGGCAAGGGCAAAAAUCGUAGUAAAAAGCAACAUCAGCUUAUUUCUUUCAAGCCUACGUUUGUUCAGCCUCGAGCCUCCACCACGGAAUCCACCCAAGCUUUGACUGACCAGCCUCCUCCAGCUCCUGUUGGGCUUGUUGUACCUUACAUCAAGGGUGCUGAGAAAGGCUCUGUACUUAUUGACAUCACCCACGUCAAGAAUUUCUACCUGUUGCGUGAAGCAUUGGAUGCCUUUAACAAGAAUGCUGAUACUAGCGGUAGGGACUACAACGAAUUUCUAGGUCGUUGUGAAAAGAACCGCACCUAUCUGAAUCAUGAGUACAUGGAAACUCUCUGGGCUGCUAAUACGGCAUCGUACAAUACGAUUGUCAAUGAAGGUAUUAUUCUCUCUGAUAAUACCUUCAUAAAAGGAUUUCCGUCUUACCCUGCUGACGCCUCCAUCGUCCGUCUAUCUUUGUCUAGACUGCCUUUCCUCCAACUUCCUUUAUUGAAGACGACAUUGAAAGAAUGGCUAACUCGCUUUGGUGAAGUGCUAGAUUUUGGGCUUAGCAAGAAGGAUGGUUACUAUGUCGGUGGUGGUUACGCCACUAUUGCAAUCCCUCCCAGCAAACCUUGCGCUGAAGAGUCCUGUCAAUUGGACCAUACUCACUUUGAUCCCCUUCAACGGGCUGUUCCUUGGACCGAGGAUGACGGGGACUAA